AUGGCAUCAACAUCUACUUAUUCGGGUGUGCACCUCAGAGGUGACAUACCGCCCCCUUCGCCGCCAGCAAUUGAUGAUGUGCUUGAUGUCUUACCAAUAGCAGUGAGCCCCCCACCACCAUCACUGCAUCAAACUUUCAUAGAUCCCUUACUGCACAGAACAGUUAUCACCCCACCUCCCCCUAUCAAUCCAGAGGCAUGCAUCACCCCUGACAGUAACCUUACAUUCACACAUGGCCAAGAUAUUCCUGAAGAUGUUGUCCCUUUGAUUGGCACGAUGUUUGAAUCAGAAGAUGCUGCUUACAGCUUUUACAAUAGAUAUGCACGGGAUGAAAGAGCUGAAUCAUUUGAGUGGUUGUUUAAAACUUUUCUGAAGUGCAUGGGGGGCAAAGCUCCCAUGUGUAUUCUCACAGACGAGGACCCAGCUAUGGCAUCAGCUAUAAGGGAGGUGCUAAAGAACACCAUUCAUAGGCUCUGCCGAUGGCAUGUACUAAAGAAGUACAAAAAACAGUUAGGUGUGCUCUAUGAAAUGUUCAAGCAUAGAAAUUUCAAAGAGAAGCUGCACUUUGUGAUCAACCAUCCGCUGACACCAAGUGAAUUUGUGGCUGCAUGGAAAGAUCUUGUUGAAGAGUUUGAACUUCAAGGUUGUGAGGUGAUGGAAAACCUUUAUAACUUGCGUGCCGAAUGGAUUCCUGCUUACUUCAAACAGAUCUACUACGCAAGAAUGACAUCCACUCAACGGAGCGAGAGUGUGAACCAUAUGGUUAAAACAGGCUAUCUCAAAGAGCUCACUGCACUCCACAGAGUUGCAGCUGAGAUGAAUAGAUGCAUCCAGAUGAGGAAACAAAAGGAGGACUGA